AUGGGCUGUGAAGCAUCCACCGGCAAGGUUAAGAAGACUAAUAGAGGGCAGGCUAAUAAUAAAGCCAUCAAAGAAAACAAAAAUACAUGCGCUCCAAUAAAAACAAAUGCAGCCAAAACUUCCAAGGAAAGAAAAAAUAACAUUAAGCAAAGUCUAUUAGUAAACCAUCUAUCGAGGAAGGCUGGCAAGACGUACAGAAGAAAAUUAUGGUAAUGACAAUAAUUAUAUUGUUUCAACAUCUUUAUUAA